UCGAGGUCUGUUAUAAACGAUAGUUUUAACAUGCGCUGUGAAAUAUUUAGAUGGAAAAUGAUAUUAGCCGUUGCUUUUGCAUUGGCCUACAGCUGUGGCGCCUCACUCGUUCCUAACGCCACUGAAGAGCCGAUAGUUGAGCACUGGAAAUAUGACCAACAAACCCGCCGGCAGGUUCUCCGUGAACAACUCUCCAAAGUCUUAGCUAAAGAUGGCGAGGAACCAUGUACGGCAACCAACUGGUCUUUAGAAAAUUUCAUAGAAAGAUAUUUGGAAAACCCACAACCUCAUUCUCAAUACACUCCACCCGAUAACAAGACCAUCGAAAAUUUAAUAGAAAAUAACGACCAGGCGCUCUUUCACCCGUACAUCUUCGAAGAUUAUUUAAAGAAAUAUAAAAUAGAUGAAGAUAAACAUCUUGGAAUGAAACCCGAUAAAAAAUUUGAAGGUUGGACGUUCACAGACUUCGCAGAAAAAUAUGAAGCGACGAAGGUUUGGGAACGGGUCCGAGACGAAGCACUGAUCGUCGGCCGCAACGAUACACACGACGUUAAAUUCUUCUCACUCACGGAAGGUCUGGACUCGACAGACGAGCUCCUGGGCCUCAAAGUGCCUCGCAGCGGCCGCCGCUUCUGGAACAACCAGUGGCAGGACCCGCAGCUGCCGCACAAUGGGAGCCUGAGGAACGGCGACCUUGAGACCGUCCUGUAUUUCAUGAGACAGGCCAUUUACUUUAGCAGAGACCGAAUGAAGGCCAUGCAACAACUUAGAGACGAAUACAGGGAGAGGGCGGUGUACAAGAUGGGAUAUCUGUUUGGAAAAACUGAUUUUGCAUGUAAAAUUUUCUCUUCUCUCGCAUUCAAAGCAUUUCGGGAUUGUUCGGUGACGCGAAUGAGAGUAUUCGGUCAGAACCGCGUGUUUAAAUUUUAUUUAGACACGGUGUACAAUAUCGAGCGCCUGCUGGGCAGGUGGUUCGAUGUGGACAUUAUGAAAGACUUGCUGAUAUCUAAUGACAUGAUUGCUCGGAAAGUUCUGUUAAAAGACGAGAAUUUGACUACACCUGAGAUGGUAGUUGAGGCCUUUGACCAAAUGUUUAUCGAAUAAGUGGAUUACCAAUUCGAAUUUGUAAACUUCUUUUUUCAAGUCUCAUUAUAAUUCAAUAAUUAAAUUACAUAUACAAUUUCAUUGGUUCCUUUUUUCAAAAUAAAACUUAAUUACGCGCAGAAGCAGUUUAUUCAAAAGCUUUUAUUUAAACUUAUGGACUGAUUAAAAAGCUUCUUAUAUUAUGCUAAUAGUUAUAUCCUUUACUGUAUAGUAAGCUAAGUAAAAGAAGCUGCUUAUUAAUGCAUAUUAAAUUUCGCGCUUA